AUGUGUCUUUGUUUGAACAAAGAAGUGACGUGUAAGCGCGAGAAGUGCCCGCUCUUCUCCAAAGACUGUGCCCUGGUGGUCAAGCAGAGGGGAACCUGCUGCGAACGCUGCAAAGGCUGUAGCUACGAAGGAAAUACCUACAACAGCUCUCUAAAAUGGCAGGUCCCAGGUAACCCCUGCGUCCUCCACCAGUGCCAGGAAGGAGUUGUGACCAAGGCUGAAGUGCGCUGCGUGGUGCAUUGUAAAAACCCUACCAAACAGCAAGGGAUGUGCUGCCCCACCUGUCCAGGGUGUGUGUUUGAAGGAGUUCAGUACCACGAAGGAGAAGAGUUUCAACCUGAAGGGAACAGAUGUACCAAGUGCUUGUGUACCGGAGGUCAGACACAGUGUGUGAGAGAAGUCUGCCCCAUUCUGUCAUGUCCUGAGCACCUGAGUCAUACCCCACCAGGGCAGUGUUGCCCCAGAUGUGUAGGUCAGAGGAAAGUGUUUGACCUCCAGUUCGGAAGCUGCCUCUUCCGUAGUGACGUCUAUGAUAAUGGCGCCUCCUUCAUCUAUGACAAUUGCACAGUUUGCACAUGCCAGGACUCCACUGUGGUGUGCAAGAAGAAAUGCUCUCCCCCUGGAGCUUGUGCUAAGAACAGAGACUCCUGUUGUGAAGAAUGCCUUGUGCGGGUGCCCCCAAAAGACGUCCGUGUGUGCAAGUUUGGGAGCAAGAUCUUCCGGGAUGGAGAGAUGUGGUCCUCCGUGAACUGUACCAUCUGUGCUUGUGCGAAAGGCAAGAUCGAGUGUCAGAAGAAGCAGUGCAUCCCCAUCCACAGCUGCCCACACGGUAAAAUUCUGAAUAGAAAGGGAUGCUGUCCUAUUUGCACUGAAAAGCCCGGCGUUUGCACUGUAUUUGGAGACCCCCACUACAACACUUUUGACGGACGGACAUUUAACUUUCAGGGAACAUGUCAGUACGUUUUGACAAAAGACUGCUCCUCCUCUGCCUCACCCUUCCAGGUGCUGGUGAAGAAUGAUGCUCGGCGCACCCGGUCCUUCUCUUGGACCAAGUCUGUGGACCUCAUGGUCGGUGGCAGCACAGUCAGUCUCCAGCAGCAUCUCACAGUCAAGUGGAAUGGUACCCGCAUAGCCCUGCCCUGCGAGACGCCCCAUUUCCAUAUUGAUCUGGAUGGCUACCUCCUGAAAGUGACAACCAAAGCAGGGCUGGAAAUCUCCUGGGAUGGAGACAGUUUUGUAGAAGUCAUGGCUGCCCCACACCUACAGGGCAAGCUCUGUGGACUUUGUGGCAAUUACAAUGGACACAAACGGGAUGAUUUAAUUGGGGGAGAUGGCAACUUCAAGUUCGAUGUGGAUGAUUUUGCCGAGUCCUGGCGAGUAGAGUCCAACGAGUUUUGCAACCGGCCCCAGAGAAAGCCAGUGCCAGAGCUCUGCCAAGGGACGGUGAAAGUGAAGCUUCGAGCGCAUCGCGAGUGCCAGAAACUCAAAGCUUGGGAAUUCCAACCUUGUCAUUCCACUGUAGACUACACGACAUUCUAUCGGUCCUGUGUGACAGAUAUGUGUGAGUGUCCAGUCCAUAAAAACUGCUAUUGUGAAUCCUUCCUGGCAUAUGCCCGGGCUUGCCAAAGAGAAGGGGCCAGAGUUCACUGGAAGCCAGAGCAGAACUGUGCCGCCUCCCAGUGCAAACACGGCGCCGUGUACGACACGUGCGGGCCUGGAUGCAUCAAGACGUGCGACAACUGGAACGAGAUCGGCCCCUGCAGUAAGCCGUGCGUGGCGGGCUGCCACUGCCCGGCCAACCUGGUGCAUCACAGAGGAAGGUGCAUCAAGCCAGUUCUGUGUCCCCAGCGGUGACCUCUGCUCAGGGUCAGGACUUGGACCCCCGCACUGAGCAGCCAAUGAAGGACUGAGGGCUUGAUGCAGAUUCUGCAAAAAACACCCCCAGAGUACAUAUGUGUAAAUAUACGUGUGUAUACACGUCUCCACAUACACGUAUGUGGAGAUGUGUAUGCGGAGAUGAAAAAUCAUACGACAUUUAUAUAAACCAUAGAAGGAAGAAUUAUUAUAUGUAUAUUUUUUGCUAUAAGACAUGUAUUAUUUCUAGAAUUCUAAUCUGUAAGCCAUGGAAGUUACUGUAUAAAUAAACCCAAUGCUUCUAAUUUAAUCGGGGGGCACGGCGGCCGUCUGGAUGGCUUUGCCAUGACACAAACUUGGGGGGAGUUUUCUAAGAACCCCAAGUGUCCCAAUGGCGCUCGUGUUGACCCCGAACCAGGAUUUGUAGUUGGACGGAAAACGCGUCUCUCUGGAGGACGAGGAUUUGUCUGCGGGCAAGAGAGGAAUGUGUGCCGGGGAAGCCGGCCAGGGAGGGGUCUGGUGGCAGGAGGGGAUGGAGGGCAGCCGGGGCUCUGGAGCCGCAGAAUUCGAUCGUGUUUCCAAGGAGAUCUUUGUCCGUGGAACCAAAUCAAAGAGCCAAAUAAAAGCCGUCAUUUUU